UCAUGUUUCUCUAGUUGUGUGACGGAGAUGAAACAGUAAGAGUGGGACUUGUUCUCACUGUGAAUCCAGAGGGUGAAGACUGUGUGGUUAUUAGCAGAGACAGACGUGGUGUAGACUACAAAUCUGGAAGGGACGAGGAAGCAAAGUCCUUCUUUUUUAAUCAAGUUGUGACUGUGGAAAACAUUCAGAGUUUGGGCCCUGAGCUCCUGCAGCCUCUCACUGAGGCCGUAUCCAGUGGUUAUAAUGGAGCAAUGCUGAUAUGUGGAGCCUCCGCAGACAAGAUUUCCUCUGUGAUUGACAGUCUCAUCAUUAAACAGGUGGAGCCAAACACGACACUUCAAAAGUAAAAUUGGAUCAAUUUAGAAUUUUUUCCCUCUCCAUUAAUCCUACUCGUUCUCUCCUUCAGGUCCUUGAAAACCUCUUUAGUCACAUGAUAUCAAAACCAAACGAGGACUUGUUCAUCUCCGUGUCAUUCCUUCAGUUUUUUCCAGAUGGCAGCGCUGUGGAUGUCCUCAACCCUAACAGGCAGACCUUAAAACCUGUAAAACAUCCCGUCCUUGGCAGUCUCGCAGCAGGUUUGUGUGAGGUAUGUGUGUGUUCAGCAGGAGAAGCCUACACUCUGUAUGAAACCUGCAGGGACGCACUGAAGGCCAAUGCAGGCUCCAUUUCCAGCAGGUGUAGUUCCUUGUUCUCAGUGGCUGUCGAGUGGAAACUUCAUCCGGAGAAGGCGGAGUCAGAGGUCUGUCGCAGCAGACUGCAGCUGUUCAGCGUGGCAGGGGGAGCCAGUAGAACUGACCUCCGAGGGGUCAGCCCACUGGUGAAGAUUUUAGACCAAACUGAAUGUCAAGCAACACCAAGUGACAAGCUCCUCCCCUUCCUGCUACAUGAAGCCCUAACUGGAAGCAGCAGGACAGUCCUCAUAUACUGCAUCCAUCCAAAAGGCAAGUGUUUUCAAGUGGGCAACUUUCCCAUAAUCCUUUGAGCAAAGCCAUAAAUUCCUUUUCUUAUCAGGUCUGCUAGAUAAAGAGACCCCAGCUGCUUUAGCUUUGGCCCAGAAAGCGAGAAGCCUGGUUACCAAGAUGAGGAUUGGUUCCUGGUGUCCAAGGGCAACUGAGGAAAAGAUCAGAGAUGACAUCACGGCGCUGAGAGCUUUGAUUGUGUCACAGGGGCCAAGUGAAGGUCACAAUAACUACAGCAUGGCAGAGCUGACCCAAAACCUGCAGAUUGUGAAAAACCAGUCAUGGGAGAAGCGGAGGGAUGAGUCAAAGAAGAUAAAAGGCAAAGCACAGAGUUGUCAGACAAUAGACAGCAAAUGGCACAGCAGUGAUCAUUUUAGAGAGAGUACAGACACAGUGAAAUAUUUACAAGACCAGCUGAAACAAGAAAUGAAGGCGCAUAUCAGAGAGGGUAAAGGUAAUAAAGAGAAGGUCCAGGAGAGAGUCACAAGAAUCCAGCAUCUGAGGGAGUCUAUCAGGGAGGAGAAACUAAAGAGCCUGGCUCAUACAGAGACAUCUGACCUCUGUCAACACUCUCAUUUAGAGUACAACAAAGCGCAGGAGCGGAGGAGGCAACUUAAGGAGCACCAUGGGAGAUUAAUUCAGGAGGAGUUGGAGAAGAUGGAGAGAGACUUGGCACAGGAGCAGCUACCAGCAGAGGACCCCCAGAGAGAGCUGUUGGUGCUGACCAGAGAGCGGCAGGUCCUGGUGCUGCAGGGAGAGGCCCUGCGGGCAGAGGCCCAGCAGGCUGAGAGAGACCUGCAGACUGAAAAUGACAGACACCAAACAGAGCUGCAUUGUCUAAGAGAGGAGAGUCUGCAGGUGUUCAGAGUGUUUCACCAGGUCAGUGAAGAGCAGAGGAAGAUGUCAGAGGGCAGAUACAGAGACGUGCUGCUGGAGGCGGUGCAGGAUGCAGUCUACCUGUCGGCUCAGAACCAGCAGCUGCAGGCGGACAACAAACAACUCCGUAAAGCAAUGGCAGCGCUGAAGGAUACUCUAGCUGUAAGAGGAGAUCCUACGGCAGAACUGGCAACCCAACAACAAUGAAUAUUUGACUGAAAGAUGUUCAUUCAUCAAUGUGCUUCAUGUUAAUCAUUAGAAAUAAGACAGUUUCUUUUUAUGGCUUACAAGCUUCACUCACUCAGUACCGUUUGAUUGUGCUUUGGGUCUUUAAUGUGGUAUGUGUGUCUGGUUUGUUUUUGUUCUGUCAUUCAUGUAAACUGUGUAUGAUAAACUGAUCAUUUUAUACAAAUGAAAUUUAAACUCAGCAACUGAAGAGAAAUAAAGCUAAUCCAAGUUGAA